CCGUCAACCUUUCACCCUCACCACGUCGUCCGUUCCGCUCCAUUGCCGCCAUACUUCCCCCGGGAAUCGCCAUGCGAUAGAGUGGAAUUCGCUCUUCUCAUUCAAUUCAUCCUCGUUUCGAAAGGAAUCAGCGAGGUUCCUUGCAACCUCCCCGGCCGCAAUGGCCUCCCAACAAGCCGCAAAGCCCUUCCACAAGAAGAUCUUGGACCCGACCAAGAUUGGGACCUGGAACGUCGCCCGCCGUCCGCCGAUUGAGAACCACAGCCUGAUUCAGGGCAAGCCUCGUGAACAGAACUCCAAUGCCUUCAAGGAUCAUCAGUCGAAGGAGGGCACUCGGCUACGGAAGGCCCUGAACGCCAUUACCCAUGGCAAGAACAUCUUUGUCUAUCAUAACAUUCGCACCAACCAGGUGGUGUAUUCGUUGACGCGGUACCUCGAGAAAAACAGCGUCCUCCGUCAACUCGUCUACCACGGCAAGAAGACCGUCCCCGCCUCCCUCCGAAAAGAUAUGUGGGUUCCGUACUACUCGGUGCACUUCAACGACUCAAAGAUCGGUCUUCGCGCGUACCACCUGCUCCGAGAAUUCUCCAUGCAGCGUCAACUCUCCCCGCCCCGCGAGAUGAUCACCAUCGAUCAGAAGUACCUCGACCAGAAGCGGCCCCGGGACCCCGAGAAGGCCAAGGAGUUCAACGAGAAGUACGAGGGCAAGCUCGGCUGGUUGAUGGAGAAGAAGGACCGCGCCCGUGCCAUGAUGGACCAGAAGGCUACCAGCGUUGCCGAUAUCGCCGCCGUCCUGGAGAUUCAGGAGGAGGAGAUGAAGAACGGCUUUGCUAGUGGCCUGCGUGGCUAUCUCACUCCUUCGGCCCGGCGACGUCGGAGACAGGCCCGCCAGAAGGAGCAGCUCAAGGCCGAGGAGCAGGCCGCGCGCGUGGCCAGCUUUGAACAGGCCCUGAGCACGAACCAGGUCGAGUACAAGAUCGAGGAGAUCGAGGACAAGACGGGGGCUUUGGAGAACAACGGCGUCAAGAUCCUCUGGACUGAUAUCCACGAUGCCCGACUGGCCGAGACUUGGUCGGAUCGCGUCCAGCACGGUGAAUUGGAGUUGACUCGCGACCACGUGAUGCCCGGCCAGAAGCGCAUCAUCAACCAGGAAGUCCUGGCCGAGGGUGGCUUCAAGGAGAAGCAGGCCUAAAGUCUGAGGUCUGUGAACGGGGUGGUAUAGAUACUGUGGAUAUUUCUGUUCGAGAAAUGUGUGUUUAUGUAUCGCAUUAUACAAAUUUGUACUUUUAGAUACUUAGCUUUCUUUGUGUUCUGGAAUGAAUUGGCGUUUAGCAGAC